GUAAUAAACAAUUAGCAAAUCCCAGAGUUCAUUGCAAAGAUGUCAGCCUCCAUGAAAGCAAUUUUGCAUCAAAUUUUACAUUAUUUUGUUUUGUUUUUGUCAGUUUACACAUUGAUACACAGUGUACAUUGUAUAACAGAGGAUAUAACAGAUUAUUUGCUAUGCAGGAAGUGUGGACAUGAGAUUGCUAGGGGAACUGAUCUGACUUCUAUGCCUUCUAAAUUAGCACAUCGACAGAGAAAUGAUACCAUAUCAGGAGUCAAAGAUGUUCUAAUACAGCUGUUUCAAAAUCCACAUGGUUUAUACUUUGAGGUUGUGACAACACAAGAAGCAGAUGUACAGCCAACGGGAGAGUAUUCAAAUAUACAAACCUGGUUUCAUGAUUAUAUGUGGCAGCUUGUGGCAUGUCCUAGAUGUGGCACUCAUUUAGGAUGGUUAUAUUCAUAUGUAGGACUUGAAUCUCAGAAACCUAAAUCAUUUAUUGGUUUAAUUUUACAGAAUUUAUUAGAAGAUAUAGAAUCACAGACCAUUAUACAUAUACCAAAAGCUUAUGGAAGUUGAUAAAAAGAAUAAAAGAUUGGAAGAAGGUUCAACCAACUUAUUGAAGUACAAUAUUGAUUGUUAUGAAAAAAGACUUCUCAUGUUUAAAAAAAAAGGAAUAAAGCAUUGUGGGUUGAAAAAAAAAUAGAGCAUUGUGAGUUAAAAAUGGAAUAGAGCAUUGUGGGUUAAAAAAAGGGAAUAGAGCGUUGGGGUUAAAAAAGGAUUAGAGCGUUUAGGGUAAAAAAAGGAAUAGAGCAUUGGGGGUUAAAAAAGGGAUAGAGCGUUGGGGGUUAAAAAAGAAAUAGAGCAUUGGGGUUAAAAAAGGAAUAGAGCAUUGUGGGAUAUUGAUAAUGUAAAUAUGAUGAUUGAUAUGUAGGAAAAUGUAAUAGGGAAAAGAGGACUUGAUGAAUGUCUGACACUGCGAACAAAAGAAGAUAAGCCAAACUUGAUUCUGAUCUGUUAAUUUGGUAUCAUAGACAUCCAUGAAAAAGAUUCCCACAGUAUUUUCACAUUCAGCUUAUUUUUAUUUUAGUUGUUAAUGUUCAUGAAAUAGAUGGAAGUUUACAAAAAAAUUUAAUAUCUAUUAAGUCUGUGAAUCAUUAACAAAAUAGGUGUCAUAUAAGAAAAAAAUAUAUAUUAUUGCUAAUUCUGAUAUCAUAUUUACAGUUUUGAGUCUAGGGUUUUACAAUGUCUAGACUGGUCAAAAAUUACCUUGGUGCCAUUUAAAAAAACAUUUUAACAUUUGAAUAAGUGUCAUGCCAUGAGAUAUGUGUUAAAAAUCAAGUCUGUAAUAUAUGUUUGUAGAAAUAAUGUCCUUUAUUUUUGUCUCGACUUGACGGAAUCAAAAAGUGAGACAUAGGUAUGCUGUUUCCGGCGUCGGCGGCAGCGUCAACAAUGUAUAAGUUUGUGAUUAGGUCUAGUUCAUGGUGAACCACUAGUGGUAGGUCAAUGAUAUUUGGUAUGCAGUUGUAUUAGCAUUGGUACAUCACAUUACCAUUGAGAUUAUUUGGCCCCGCCCCCCUCGGUCAAGGUCUUUUGACUUUGAAACUUUGCUUCGUUUACAUGUAUUAGUUUGUGAUUAGGUUAGUUUAUGGGGAACCACUAGUGGUAGGUCAAUGAUAUUUGGUAUGCAGUUGUAUAUGCAUUGGCACAUCUCAUUUUCAUGGAGAUUAUUUGGCCCCACCCUCUCAUUCAUGGUCUAUUGACUUUGAAACUUUUGCUUUGUUUUCAUGUAUUAGUUUGUGAUUAGGUCAGUUCAAGGGGAACUGUUAGUGGUAGGUCAAUGAUAAUUGGUAUGCAGUUGUAUAAGCAUUAGCACAUCUCAUUUCCAUGGAGAAUAUUUGAUCCUGCCCCCUCAGUCAUGGUCUAUUGACCUUGAAACUUUUGUUUAGUUUACAAGUAUUAGUUUGUGAUUAGAUCAAUUUUAGGUGAACAGCUAAUGUUAAGUCAAGGAUAUUUGGUAUGCAAAUGUUUUGGCAUUUGCAAGUUUCGUUUCCAUGGAUUAUAUAGCCCCACCCCCUCAUCAUGGUCUAUUGACUAUGAAACUUUUGCUUCGUUUUCAUGUAUUAGUUUGUGAUUAGGUCAGUUCAAGGGGAACCAUUAGUGGAAGGUCAAUGAUAAUUGGUAUGCAGUUGUAUAACCAUUUGCACAUCUCAUUUCCAUGGAGAAUAUUUGGUCCUGCCCCCACAGUCAUGGUCUAUUGACUUUGAAACUUUUGCUUAGUUUACAAGUAUUAGUUUGUGAUUAGAUCAGUUUAAGAUGAACUGCUAAUGUUAAGUCAAUGAUAUUUGGUAUGCAAAUGUAUUGACAUUUGCAAGUCUCGUUUCCAUGGAUUAUAUAGCCCCACCCCAUCAUGGUUCAUUGAUUUUGAAAUUUUUACAUAGUUUACAAGUCAAUGUUUGUGUUUAGGUUUGUUGAAAGGGAACGACUUAUGAUAAGUCUAUGCGAUUUGGUAUGCAGUUGUAUUAGCAUUGGAACAUCUCAUUUCCAUGGAGAUUGUUUUGCCAUGUACCUUCAGUCAUGGUUCAUUGACUUUGAAUAUUUGCAUAACUUACAUGUUAAAGUAUUGCUAUUUUAAUUUCAACAUUUGCAUUAUCAAAAGUACAAAAAGGCAAGACAUAUCUCUGUGUUAACAGUUUAUUUCUGAUCUUUGCGGUAAUGACGCCAAGACCUUUUUAUUGGCGGCAUGAAAAUGUCAAGGUUGAAAUUGAAAUCGAAAUUACUUAUGCUUUGACGUCUUAAUGUUAGUAUGCGGAGGGUUGAGAUCUCUAAAAACUAGUGUAAUCCGCCACAUAUGCAUGUGCCUGUUGCAAGUCAGGAACCUUUACAAUGGUUGAUUUCUGUCAAAUCUUAAUGUUUUUUUUUGUUAUUUAUAUAAUUUGGUAUUGAUGGAUAUCUUGAUUUAAAUGACUAAGAACUCACAAAUAUUGUAGAUAUUUAAGACAGUGCACCUAUUAGAAUUGAAAUAUUAAAAAUGACAUGCCUCAAAAAUGAAAAAAAACUUCUAUCUUUGGACACUGGAGUAAAAUCUUUAUAAUAAGAUUAUGGAAAUAUGAAUUACAAUAUGCAACGCUUCAACCAUUUGUCUUCAAUGUCAUAUUGUUAGGAGUUAGAAGAAAUAGAGUACCCUCAUAGGUAAUGAUAAAACUUGGAAGUCAAAGACUUUAUUUAUCUUAUUUUCAAGUCCCUUUGUCUAUUGGUCCCAGGUUCUUCCGGGAUAUCUAAGGAUUUUGAUUUUUUAGAGGAAUCUUUAUUUGGUAAUUUUUUGUGUUUGAAAAAAAAUGUCAGAUUGAAACUUUAAAACUAUGAACAUGAUUUGAUAAAAAUAUAGAAUCACAUUUAAAAGAUUAUGAUAAAUUAGUGACCUACUGAUAUUGACACACAUUUAGUUAUUAAUUGCUUUUGUUUCUAAGUUUUGCUGUAAUUCAACUAUAUGCAAUAGUGCUUUGUCAUGGUGUUUUGUCGAGCCUGCGACUUUUGUCGCAGAAAAUUAGACAUAGGGAUAGUGAUCAGGCUGUGGUGGCGGUGUUAGCUAACUUCUUAAAAGCUUUAUAUUUUAGAAGGUGGAAGACCUGGAUUCUUCAUACUUUGUAUAUAGAUGCCUUAUGUGACGAAGUUUCUGUCUGCCAUAUGUCCAUUGUCCUUGACCUCAUUUUCAUGGUUCAGUGACUACUUGAAAAAAAAGUUCAGAUUUUUUGUAAUGUUAAUUUUUUUCUUAUUAUGAGUAAAAGGAUAAUUAUAUUUGAUAUGUGCAUACCUUGCAAGGUCCUCAUGCCCGUCAGACACUUUUCAUUUGACCUCAACCUCAUUUCAUGGAUCAGUAAACAAGGUUAAGUUUUGGUGGUCAAGUCCAUAUCUCAGAUACUAUAAGCAAUAGGUCUAGUAUAUUUGGUGUAUAGAAGGAUUGUAAGGUGUACAUGUCCAACUGGCAGGUGUCAUCUGACCCUGACCUCAUUUUCAUGGUUCAGUGGUCAAAGUUAAGUUUUUGAGUUUUGGUCUUUUUUUCUAAUACUAUAUGCAAUAGGUCAACUAUAUUUGGUGUAUGGAAUGAUUGUUAGGUGUACAUGUCCAACUGGCAGAUGUCAUCUGACCUUGACCUCAUUUUCAUGGUUUUGGUCUUUUUUCUAAUACUAUAUGCAAUAAGUCAACUAUAUUUGGGUAUGGAUAUAUUUUAUGAUGAACAUGUCAUUCUUACAGGUUUUAUUUGUCCUUGACCUCAUUUUCACGGUUCAUUGCUCAGUGUUAAGUUUAUGUGUUUUGGUCUGUUUUUCUUAAACUAUAAGCAAUAGGUCAACUGUUGUAUGGAAGGAUUGUAAGCUGUACUUGUCUGCCUGGCAUGGUUCAUCUGACCUUGACCUGAUUUUCAUGGUUCAUUGGUCAGUGUUUAAUUUUCUUGGUUUAGUCUGUUUCUCAGAAACUAUAAGCAAUAGGUCAACUAUAUUAAGAGUAUUAAACCAUUGUAAGGUGUACAUGUAUUUCUCGUUUGGUUUGUUUGACCUUGACCUCAUUUUCUUGGAUCAUGUUGAGUGUAUGUAAUAGUUGUAGUAAAGCUUUCUAUUUAGGACUAUCAACAUAAUAUUAAUGGUUAGUAAAGGAGGCGAGACAUUUCAGUGUGUGCACUCUUGUUUCCACCAUGUAACAUACUUAAUAGAAGACUAAAAUAUGGUUUGAAAUUAUGUACACAACUCUUCCAAUCUUUCAACCUGUGAUUUCAAUUUCUUUGAUUCAUUGAUAGAGAUGAACAAAAAUGGAAUUAUGAAUUGGAACCCUCAAGUUUAAAAAAAUUAUAUUUUACAGACAAUAUAAUUUAAGAUGUUUUUUUUUAUUUAUUAUUUAUUUAUUUCUUAAAGGGCAUGAUUAUACAGGAUAGUAAGAUAGUAGCAAUGCACAGAACAAUAAUUAAAUUUUAUUGUUAAACAUAAAAAUCAUGAUAAUGUUGGCUACUUGGAGACAUUUUAUUGUUACUGUUCACUAUGAACAGUAGGAUCUAAGGAUUAACUUGUUAUUUUUAUGUAUACUGUUGAAUCCACGCAAUUGCAUACCUGUAAACUGUAUAAAAUGAUAAAUAAAAUUGAGAAUGGAAAUGGGGAAUGUGUCAAAGAGACAACAACCCGACCAAAGAGUAUUAAACAGCCCAAGGCCACCAAUGGGUCUUCAACUUGUCGAGAAAAUCCCACACCCAUAGACGGGCUUCAGCUGGUUCAUAAACAAAAUGUGUACUACUUCAGCGAAAAUGGACGUCAUACUCCGAAACAUAUAAAUGAACCAAAAUUACCAAAAAACAUACAAGACUAACAAAGGCCAGAGGCUCCUGACUUUGGACAGGCGCAUAAAUGCGGCAGGGUUGAACAUGUUUUGUGAGAGCUCAACCCUCCCCCUAUAAAGUUUAUUUUGUGGCUUGUUUAUUUUAUAUGUUUAAUGUAGUCUUUCUUUGUGAAUUCAUGUAGAUUUUAUAGAAGGUGAUUAUGCAGCUAUUAUGUAAUUUCGUAUCAUAAACUCAAAUAUGUUUAUUUUUUUAUUAUGAAAUUAAUUUUUAUACUCAGUAAUGGUGCAAAUUUGAAAUCCUUUAUUGUUAAAAUAAAAAUAAUUUUUACAUA